CUCCAGGUCCAGCCCCCCGCGCCCCUCGCCAUCUCCUCCGACUCUCUAGCUCCUUCGCGCCCCGCGCCCCAUGCCCUUCUCUUCCGACUCCCUGCUCCAUAGCUCCCUGCGCCCUGCUCCUUCGACACCCGGCCAUGUGCGGCGGGCGGCGCCCGGCCAUGGGAGGCUUGGUUCCCAGAUCCGACACCCUGCCCCCCCUUUCCCCUCCCAUCCCACAACGAGUGGCCUGGCCUCCAUUCCGGCUCCCCCAUCUCCUCCCUCUCCGAUGCUCGCCUCCCGCUCCUGCCCCCUUGGCGGUCUCCACGCGUUGCCGGAGUUUGUCGAUGCCGGUGGGAGCGAGAGCAUCUUCCGCGUGCCAUCCGCCGCCGCUCGAGGACGGAGCCAGAAUGGAGCGCCGUGGCCCCUCCCUGUCGGUGCGAGCACCAGGACAGGGCGCCUCCACUCUCCUUCAUCGCGAGGGGUGCUGCUGCGUCCCCUGCGCCGAGCGAGCUGGUGUGGUGCACCUUGGUUCGAUUUCGAAUCGAGCUUGCGACUGCCCUCUCGUUCGGCGCAGAUCUGGCCGUGCCCCAUCCGGAUCGAGUUCGUCAGCUAGUUUCAUUUUAGUCCUUUACAGCUCAAAUCAAAGAACAAGUUUGCUUAGUCUGUUCAUUUCUUCCUUGCUGCCAUCAAGACUGCUGCGCUUAUCGAUCACGGAAGGCACUACAUCUUGCAAAUUAUCCAUUCGCAUCCUAGGCAGGUACUCUUCCAACCGCAGGUGGACCUUCUCUUCCAUCAUCGCCUGCAACCUGUUCGACCAAAUACCAGAAAGAUGCACUUUGUUGUCUGAACGAAUCGGUCGUCUUCUAUGCGAGUGGCGGCAAAUCUGAGCCCCUCACCGAACGGAGGUGGCGAGUCCGUGAUGGUCGCCCAUUGGUGGGCGCGGACAUGCACCAUCGCCCCUCUUCCUCCGCCGCUGCCGAGUCGUCAUUGCCACUCUCCCUCUCCGACGGCUUCCUCCAUGGACGGUGUAGAUAGGAUUAGCAAGUACGUCGCCAACGGGCCCUCCGUCGGGCUCUACUUCGUACAGCAGCACGCCUGGGCGUCCAUUCCCAUUCUCCUCAACGUCAAGGUUCCACCGCCUGGCCUCCCUCUGCCUCUCCCAUCUGCUCCCUAUUUAAUAAUUAGCAGCGCUAAGGAUGAUGCCUUUGUCCAUGUUGAGUUCUGCUUUUUGGAGAUUAACGUUCAUGUUGUUUUAUUGCUGAAGAUUCAGCUUUCGGAAUCACAUAUCACCCUAAGUAAUGGAUGAAAUUAGAGAUUUGACUUUAUUGGAGACUGUUGACAGCCAAAAUUGGUACACGCCGAGGCCGACCGGUCUGACCAGUCGGGCCGACCGGUCAGACUGGUCUAUGCCUGUAAUCCGAGUAGAUUUAGAUUUAGAGGUAGAAUUCCUUUUGUAAAUCAACUCGUGAAGGGGUACGUCUUCCCCGGCCUAUAUAUAUGAAGGCUAAGGCCGAUUGAGGUUAUUCCCAAUCAAAUCAAUCAAAAAUCGCAUUACUUUUUGUCUCUCAAACCCUAGCCCUUUUCUAAACCCUAAUUGCUUUCUUCCUUCGUCUCAACGGCAUUUGAAGACGUUCUGAGUGGCCUGCCGAUCUCAAAGCAACCCUAUGUUCACGAGCUCCGAUGGGGUCCCUCCCAAGCUCGCUGUUCUAGGUCUUCGUGAAGCCCUGCACGAAUCGGUCAGACCGGUCGGCGGCACCGGUCAGACCGGCCUGCCCAGAGCUUCGUGGGAGUUGAUCAAUUUGACGAUCAUUCGCACAUUCUAGUGCAUCCGAAUGUGUUUGGCGCAAUUCUGUGUCAACACACUUUUUGGCGACUCCGCUGGGGAAGAGAUUAAUCUAGUUUUCAAGACCGAUCUAAUCUAAUCCUCCAAGAAGAUGAGCUCCAAGGCUGAAAUCAGUGGAGACAACAUCAUCAAGGCGACCAUGGAGGAGCUCACCGAGGACGAGCGCCGGGCCUACCUGAUUGCUGAGGAGCAUAUGAGGGAGUGCUUCCUUCAAGGGUUCAAGAAAGAGCGUGCAGGCCUAUUCAAGAGGGUCGGGGAGUUCGUGAUGCCUUCUUUCAAACUAAACAAUGACAAGGUCGAUGUAAUUCCCCCUGUAAGCAAUGAACCCUCUGAAUUAAUUAAGCAAUUAUCUCUUAUGGUCGAUAAGAAAAUAUCUGAUGCACAAGUAGCUGCGGGAGAGACACUUGCUGGGAUUAACGAUGAGAAUGCGGCUUUAAAAAAGGGUAAAAGUGUGGAGGGUGACACUUAUUUUCCAGAUCUGAGUUUGGUUACUAUGCCUUCUGCACCUGAUCAGUUUUAUGGGAUGCUGCCGAACUCGUUUUCAAGGCAAUCGCCGCCACCACCAUCUGUCCACACGCCAUCGGUCAGACCGUUCCAGGCGACCGGUCUAACCGGUGCGAUGGUGCAUAAUCCACCAUCCCCUACACCGCUUGCUGCUAUCCCUAGUUCGGUUGCCUCUGGCCGAACUGGUGAGAUGGUGUCAUACACACCACCCCAUACUGCAGCACAGCAGGGAUCUAGACCUUCGAGGGGACCGAUUCCUAACACUACUACGGCGUAUACUGGUCCUAAUGUGCAAGGUGUAGCGUCUUCUUUACAAGCUUCGACCAGUAGUAGGUAUCAAGCCAAUUUCUCUAGGUUUAAAGAGCAUCUGCCUGGGGUGCUUAAAACCAAACUUGUGAUUGAUAUGGGUAGUUCGCGUUUAUAUCAAAAGUCGUAUCCUCCUGAGUUUGAUUUUGUUUCUUAUCUGGCUGGUUGGCGUAUUCCUGAGUUCAUUAAAUUUAAUGGUGAUGACUCUCGUAUAACUUGGGAACAUGUUAGCCAAUAUAUUUUACAAUUGGGAGAAGUGGGUCUUAAUGAUGCUUUACGUGUUCGCUUAUUUUCUUUAUCAUUAACUGGGACCGCUUUCUCUUGCUUUUCUUCACUUGCUCCUGGUUCUAUUUUAAAUUAGAAUCAAUUAGAGCGUAAAUUUCAUGAUCACUUCUUUAGCAGAGGAACCGAAGCUAAGUUGUCAGAUUUGACAUCAGUUAGGCAAAACUGAGAUGAAUCGGUUUUAGAUUAUUUUCAAAGAUUUAAGGCUAUUAAAAACUGAUGCUUUAAUUUGUCGCUUUCUGAAAAAUACUUAGCGGAUUUGGCUUAUAAUGGUUUGCGUUCUUAUUUGAAGGAAAAACUUGAGGGCUUUGAUUUCAUUACUGUUGAUCAUUUGCAAAUGCGAGCCAUUGGUUUAGAGUUCAAAUUUAAGAAUGCAAAAGAUUCUUUUAAACCUCAUCGGUCCAACACACAUAUAGUUGAACAUGAUUCUGAUUGUUCAGACGAUGAGGAGAAAGGAGUAUAUGCCGCUGAGUUUGUUUGGCCAUCAAAGGACAAACUAUCUACAUGUCCUUCACUAAAGCCGAUUCAAAAGAAUCGGCAAAAUGAGAUGAAGUUUACUUUCGAUGUUUCCAAAUGUGAUAGAAUUUUUGAUGAAUUUGUUAAACAUGAAAACAUUCGUUUAUCUCAUGCUAUACCAUCGGCGGAAGAAUUAAAAAGGCAUGCACAUUGUGAAUGGCAUAAUUCUUUUUCGCAUGCAACUAAUGAUUGUAAUGUUUUCCAUCGACAGAUCCAAUCGGCUGUAGAUGAAAGACGAUUGGUACUUUCUAAGAUGCAAGUGGACAAGACUCCUUUCCCUAUUCACACUUCGGAGCUGAACAAUCCAAAGGUACUCCUUCGGCCAGAGCAAGCCGAAGGGGCUAAGGGGAAGAACGUGGUGAUUGGUGAUCCAAGGCCGAUGAACACUAAUGACAAGAUUCUGGCCAGGGAAGUUGUCAUGCAAAAGACUCCUAAUGGAAAAGCCGAAGGAUUAUUGUCAAUGCUCCUAAGCCUGGGGGGCAAGAGAAUUCCACCUGUUAGCCUACUGUCCAGGCGACCGGUCAGACCUGCCUAGAGAUCAGCCGCGGACCUUCAAGCCAAAGCGUCCGGAGGUGAGUACUUGGAAGACCAAUAAUCCAAAGGUACAGGGACAAUCUGCAAAUCAAGGACUUACCUUUGGGCAGUUACUAAACAAGUACACAAAGGCUGUUCAACAAGAUCGGCCAUUAAAAAAGAGACCACGCUCACCACUGCGUCAAGGCAAUCCUCCAUCUCCAAGAAGGGAAUUUAGCAGGCCCAGGGGUGAUAUCCCACCGUUCCCUCCGCAGAAGGUGUAUGCUACCAUGCCAUGGGAUCCACCGGCAUCAAAUGCUGUCAAUCCGGUGUGGGAACAUGAGGGAAUCUGGAUGCAAUGCUUCCCAAUGCCAUAUCCACCGCCAUAUCAAAGGGAAGACGGGUUUAGGACGCCAGUACAUGACCGAUUGGGGCCACACCAAUCUAGUCCAGUGCAGCAGGCCCCGCCGGUCGGACUGGUCCCCUAUGACCAGUCAGACCGGUCUCAGCAGAGGCCGGCAUAGUUUGCUCCUUUGCGGUUGGAAUACCAUGUAAAGGAGAAGAAGCAAGAAGUACAACCUACUGUUGACCUAGAGAAGCCUAAAGCCGAUGCUGUUGUUCAGAUCGGCAAUAUCAAAGUGGUUGUACAAGACAAGGGUAAAGAGCCGAUGGUGUUUGGUAAAUCGGCUAGCUCUCCUGUUCAGAAACCUGUCAUGGCCAAUGAUCAUGAGGCCGGUAGCAACAAGGCGGCAGAUAAGUACCAUCAACUCCGUUGGUGUCCAGAGGGGUUGACACAUACUCAAAAGAGGAAACUACAGCGCCUUCGCAAUAAAGAAAAGAGGGAGCAAGAGGUAGGUAAGAUGAGGGAUGAGCAUUUCAAUAAGUACAGACCCAUGGUCCCUCAAGGUAAGGUGUGGCAGGUCAAGGCAGUUGACCAGCCAGCAGCAGGACCGGUCGGAGCGACCCCGGCGACCGAUCAGACCGGUACACCCGACCCGCUCUGAACAACCGGUCAGACCUGUCGAGCCCAGUGCAGAUUGUACAGCCAAAUCAGCAGCGCCUGUUUCAGUUUCUCAUGUUGAUGAAGUGCCACCAGCUCUUCCAGCAAAGGAGGAUGAGGAAUUGGUGGAUUAUGAAGCAUCUCCGGAGCGCAACAAUUUGGAAAUUAAUGUUGUGCACAUGUCUUUGGAUUACUUCAUAGUUCCCAAAGAGGAGGUGGCUCAUCUUCAAUUUGGGCCUCAUGAUGCUGUGUUCCAGAAGCCUAAAGAAUCAGACAACCAUUUGAAAGUUCCCUACAUGAGGGGACAUGUUAAUGGGAAACUAAUUUAUCGUAUGCUUGUGGAUGGUGGGGCCAUUGUAAAUCUUAUGCCCUACUCGUUGUACAAGAAGCUUGGCGGGAAGGACGAGGAGCUGAUCAAAAUGAACAUGAUGGUCAGCGGCGUGGGCGGAGGUGAUCCCAUUGGUGCUAAGUGGGUUGCUUCCAUGGAGUUGACCGUUGGAAGCAAGAUGCUCGCCACAGCUUUCUUCAUUUCAGAGGUGCAAGGUAACUUCAGCUUAAUACUUGGGCACGAUUGGAUUCAUGCCAAUCAAUAUGUUCCAUCUACUUUGCAUCAUUUUCUUAUCCAGUGGAUCGGUGAUGAGGUUGAAGUGGUGCAUGGUGACACAUCAUCUUUCGUUGCUACCGCCGAUUCCAACUCUAUUGGUGCAAAUGACAACAUCAAGUGCUUAUCGGCCUUGGAUCUGUCCGAUUAUGAGCUUAUCAGUUGCACCAAGGAUGGGUUCGUUCCUGCUACUCUAAAGCCGAUGGAGAAUCAGCUAAAUUAUAUAAUGUAAUCAAGAUGAGUCAAGCAGGCGACUCAGGCACCACCGGUCAGACCAGGUCCCACGACCGGUCAGACCGGUCCUCUUCGGAUCGGCCAUCAGAGCCGACCGGUCAGACCGGUCUAAUGCAGACUGACUGCAGUGACGCAUUGAACACUAUCGGGAGCAUACGAACGAUAUGUGUGAGACUAUUAAAGAGUCAGAGGAUAUGGACAAGCUGGGCCAAGAUUUCACGUCGGCUGAUCCUUUAGAAAAGGUAGAUCUAGGUGAUGGAACUAUUCCUAGGCCGACUUUUGUAAACAAAAACUUAUCGGUUGAAUAUAAAGCUGAUUUAGUUAAAUUAUUAAAAGAAUAUAUCGAUUGCUUUGCUUGGGAGUAUUCUGAAAUGCUUGGUUUGAGUCGUGAUCUUGUUGAACAUCGUUUACAAAUCAAAGCUAGUUUUAGACGCUAUAAACAACCGGCUAGGCGUUUCAAUCCUAGUAUUUAUGAUCGAAUUAAAGAAGAGAUUAAUCGAUUGUUAGAUGUUGGUUUUAUUCGGUCUUGUUGCUAUGCGGAUUGGAUCUCUAAUAUUAUGCCCGUUGAAAAGAAAGAUACGGGCAAGAUUCGGGUUUGCAUUGAUUUUAGAGAUCUUAAUAAAGCUACUCCCAAGGAUGAGUAUCCUAUGCCUAUAGCCGAUAUGUUAAUUAAUGAGGCAUCCGGACAUCGUGUCAUUAGUUUUCUUGAUGGUAACGCGGGUUACAAUCAAAUACUCAUGGCUGAGGAAGAUAUGUCAAAAAUGGCUUUUAGAUGUCCUGGAUUUGUUGGUUUGUUUGAGUGGGUUGUUAUGACUUUUGGAUUGAAAAAUGCUGGUGCAACUUAUCAAAGAGCUAUGAAUUUAAUCUUUCAUAAUUUGCUUGGUGUCAUCUUGGAGGUGUACAUUGAUGAUAUUGUUAUUAAAUUAGCCGGCUUGAAUCAUCAUUUAGCUGAUUUAAAACUUGCUCUUGAAAGGAUGCGUCGGUAUGGUUUAAAGAUGAAUCCACUCAAAUGUGCGAGUAUCGGCUCGAAAGUUUCUUGGCUUCAUUAUUCAUGAGAAGGACAUAGAGAUUGAUCCUAAAAGAAUUGAAGCCAUGAGAAAAGUUGAAGCUCCUACUUGCAAGAAAGACUUGCAAAAGUUUUUAGGCAAGGUAAAUUAUUUGAGGAGAUUUAUUUCUAACUUGUCUGGAAAGAUAGAUGCUUUUACUCCUAUCCUUGAGUUGAGGAAUGAAGCCAAAUUUACUUGGGGGCAAAAUAGCAAGAGGCAUUUUAAAGGAUUAAGCAAUACUUGUCUUCACCACCGGUUCUUAAGGCGCCUAGGAGGGCUGUUCUUUUAGGUUUUAUGUGGCAGCGGAAGACAAAGUUAUUGGGGCUGUUUUGACUUAAGAGACCGAAGACAAGGAGUAUAUUAUCACUUACAUAAGCCGACGACUUAUUGAUGCGGAGACGAUGUAUACUUUUGUUGAAAAGUUGUGUUUGUCUCUAUAUUAUGCUUGUACCAAAUUGAGGCAUUAUCUACUAUCUAGUACUUGCAUGGUAGUAUGUCAAAUCGAUGUGAUAAUACAUAUGUUGCAAAAGCUAAUUUUGAGUGGUAGAAUCGGCAAGUGGGCAUAUGCUUUGAUAGAGUAUGAUUUGGCUUGUGAACCUUUGAAAUCUAUAAAAUGCCAAAUUGUAGCGGAUUUUAUUGUUGAGCAUCGGAUUAAUGAUGAACAUUUAGAAGUCGGCUAUAUUGUUUGCACACCAUGGAAGCUAUACUUUGAUGGAUCGCUUUGUGAUGAAGGAAGAGGAAUCGGUGCUGUUCUUAUAUCUCCAAAUGGUGCUACUUUUGAGUUCUCAUACCAAUUAGGGGAAUAUUAUACAAAUAACUAAGUUGAGUAUGAGGCACUUUUAUUUGGCUUGGAGAUUUUGCAAUCCAUGGGCGUAAAGCAUGUUGAAGUUUCUGGUUAUUCGCUUCUCAUUGUGCAGCAAGUAUCCAAGGUAUGCCAAUAUUAUAAUGGUUCAUUAAAUACAUAUCUUGAUAAAUACCUCGAUAUUAUUUCUUCUUUUGAUGAAUUUGUUAUAAGACAUUUGCCAAGGAAAGAAAAUGGACAGGCUAAUGAUCUGGCUCAGCAAGCAUUUGGUUACAAUGUUGAAAAGAAGAAUUUCAACAUUAGAAAACCGAUGCGAAUCAAAGCUGAGUUGCAGGUUCUGGACAAACCGGUCCGACCGGUCAUGUCAACCGGUCUGACCACAGACAAUUGGAAGCACUGAUUCGGCUGCAAAGGAGGCCGAAGAUCGGGAUUGGCGGACUCCUAUAAUCUCCUAUCUCAGAGAUCCUGGUCGUGGUGCAAAGAGGAAUAUUCGGCGUGCAACGUUCAAAUAUAUUUUAAUUGACGAUGAACUUUAUCGUCAAACUGCCGAAGAUUUACUUCUCAAAUGUUUAGACUCGAAUCAGGCUAGAGUUGCUAUGGGUGAAGUUCAUGAAGGCAUUUGUGGUACUCAUCAAUCGGCUCCUAAAAUGAAGUGGUUGCUUAGGAGUAAUUGAUGGUGUGCAUAUUUAGAACCAUGUUAGUUAGUUGCACUGUGGAAUUCGGUCAAAUGUAUAUCCUUGCCAGAAUACCAUGAUACUCCUCAAGUGCUUGGUAUAAUAUGAUUUCUUGCUGUUUGGUA